AUGGCCAUCGACAUGGCAAGCAAGUACCACUCUCUGCAUCUCCCUACUCACCAUGGGGAUUGGAGCUUAUGGGAUCGCAUAUACGACCAGCUAACUCUCGAUGACUGUGUUGGUCUCCUUGUUAUCCUGGUAGUUACCAUUGCGUAUCUUUCCCAUGGCUACCUCUGGGACAAGCCAGAUCCGUAUCACCAUCUCUGGUUUGAAAAACCUCAAGCACGCUCCAUGGUGAACAAUCUACCGGCGCAGACGCGGAAUAUUGCUACCAAGUUGGAAGAGAGGAAGAAGGAAAUGGUCAUCUUCUGGGGCUCCCAGUCUGGCACGGCGGAAAGUCUGGCUGCGCGACUGUCGAGAGAAGUGAAUCGGCGGUUUGGCAUCGAGAGCCUUCUCGCCGACUUGUCGGACUACGAUGCUGCCUCCAUCACCGACAUCCCUGUGACAAAAAUAGCGGUUUUUAUUCUUUCGACGUAUGGGGAAGGGGAUCCUCCGGAUAAUGCCAACGAGUUAUGGUCUUGGGUCACGACGCAGAAAGAUGUGAAAUUAAAUGAUUUACGGUAUGCUGCAUUCGGUCUCGGAAACAGCAAUUACAAUGCUUUCAACCGCGCCAUCGACAUCGUGACCAAGUCCCUGGAUGGCUUCGGUGCUCGGGCGCUUCUGCCUGUCGGCAAGGCCGACGAUGCGAAGGGGUCGACCGUGGAGGACUUCUUGGCCUGGCAGGACGAACUGUUUGGCAUGCUGAAGACGACACUAGGCUAUCGUGAGCAGAAUGUGGGCUACCAACCGACGCUUUCUGCAGUUUAUAAUGAUUCAGUGAACCCUGCAGACAUCCACCGGGGCAUCCCUGUUGACCCCCGAGAAAGGAAGAAGGCAAGGGGUGGCCGUUUGAAAGUCUAUGCACUCCCUCUUACAGAAGGCCGUGAACUGUUCUCCGGAUCUGAACGCAGCUGUCUCCAUCUUGAGUUUGAUCUGAGCCAGCAUGCACGGUUGAAAUACAAGACCGGAGACCAUCUUGCCGUGUGGCCGCAGAAUCCUGUUCAAGAAGUCAACCGUCUCCUGCAUAUGCUAGGGCUACAAUCCCAGAGGAGUGUGCCUGUUUCAAUCGCCAUCACAGAGCCAGGCAUCGAAUUGAAAUAUCCAACCCCUACAACUCUAGACGCUCUAUUCGGGUAUUACAUGGAUAUCUGCGGGCCAAUGUCCCGGGAUUUGCUCCCUUCCCUCAUCCAGUUUGCCCCAUCCGAGUCCUCAGAGGCGCGUUUAGCACAGCUGUCUUCCGAUCCAGCCGCGUGGACCGAAUAUCUGUCUGAUAAACACAUCAACCUUGGCCGAUUGCUGGAGGAUCUAUCCGAAGAUGGACAAUCCUGGACCUCGAUCCCCCUAUCCUUCCUCUUGGAAUACAUCCCGCCGCUCAAGCCGCGAUAUUUCUCUAUUUCUUCGUCUGCCGUUGUGCAGCCUCGCCGUGUCUCGAUUACAGCGUUAGUAUCACACACACCGAUCAAUGGCAACAUUCAAAACCAGAUCCCGGGGCUGGCAACAACCUAUCUGGCGCGUUUAAAGGCGCAGUUGGCGGCACCUGGAGCCGCAUCUGACACUACCUCCGCGGUACAAAUCCUUCCACCGCAUCAUCUCCACGCUCAUAUCCAACGCUCGCCAUUUAAGCUACCUGCCAACGCUGCUGUUCCACUGAUUCUUGUGGCUUCUGGAACGGGAAUUGCUCCAUUACGGGCAUUCCUCGCCGAACGGAGUCGCCUCCAUCGUAUGGAUCGUCCGGUGGGACGGUGUCUGCUCUUCUACGGUGCCCGGAGCGCCCAGAACGAGUGGUUGUACAGGGAGGAGAUGGAGGAGGUUCGUCGGGAGCUUGGUCAGGGACUCUUCGAAAUCGAGACAGCCUUCUCCCGGGAUCCGGCCAAAGAUCCCGUCCGAAAAUGCUACGUCCAGGACCGGGUAAGAGAGCGAUUUGGAGAUAUAGCCACGACUUUGCUGAACGAGGGGGGGUAUCUUUAUGUUUGCGGGUCUGCGCGUAUGGCUCGGGGCCUUGGGAAGAUCAUGGAUGAGUGUUUCGCGGAGAAGAUGGCAUGGAGUAAGGAGCGUUACACUGAGUGGGCAGCACGGAUGAAGAGGGAGAGGAAGUGGCAGGAGGAUGUCUGGGGUUAG